AUGACGACGAAAUAUCCUACCACGAUGAGUUGUACAGAGGCUUUUGACCAGCUCAGCGCUUGCUACUCGGUUGGUGGACAGUUUAGAAACUACUACCGGUACGGCGACUUUAAUGCUUGCACUGAGCAGCUAGAAAAGUUUAAAUUUUGUAUUCUACACGGAACAGACCCGGUCGAGAUCCAGAAAUGGCACCAAAAACGUGCAGAGCGUAAUGCGAAACGCUGUGGCAGUUCAGAGGAUAUUUGGCAAGAGAGAAGUAGCAGUUGA